AUGUCGGCGGGUGGUGAGCAUUUAAAGGAUGAGGGCAAUCGAACUCAAGUGGUGGCCGCAGGUGCCAUAGCCGGGCUCGUUUCGAGAUUCUGCAUCGCACCUCUAGAUGUCGUGAAGAUUCGGCUACAGCUGCAGAUCCAUUCCCUGUCUGAUCCUCUAUCACACCGUGAUGUCAAGGGCCCAAUAUACAAGGGAACCAUCUCGAGUCUUGUCGCAAUAGCGCGGCAGGAAGGCAUAACAGGUCUCUGGAAAGGAAACAUUCCCGCUGAAAUCCUCUACAUCUGUUAUGGCGGAAUCCAAUUCACCGCGUAUCGCAGUGUCACGCAACUUCUACACCUCCUGCCCCCGCAACACCGAGUCCCCAGCCCAGUUGAAUCAUUUAUAAGCGGCGCCACGGCAGGCGGCGUAGCAACGGCUUCAACGUACCCGUUCGACCUGUUACGUACCCGCUUUGCAGCCCAGGGGAAUAACAAAGUGUACAAUUCCCUUGUGUCUUCUGUGCGAGAUAUAUACCGCUAUGAAGGAGCAGGCGGGUUCUUCCGUGGUGUUAGUGCGGCGGUCGCUCAAGUUGUUCCAUACAUGGGACUGUUUUUCGCUGCAUAUGAAGCGCUGAGGAAACCGAUAAGUAGUGUUGAUUUACCGUUUGGGUCAGGAGAUGCUACAGCCGGUAUGAUUGCGAGUGUUAUGGCGAAGACGGGCGUGUUUCCGCUGGAUCUAGUUAGGAAGCGGUUGCAGGUUCAGGGACCCACGAGGUCGAAGUAUGUGCAUGUGAAUAUACCCGAGUAUCAUGGUGUGGCAAGCACUAUCCAGACUAUCGUGAGGACACAGGGUGUUAGGGGGUUGUAUAGGGGAUUGACGGUGAGUUUGAUCAAGGCUGCCCCGGCAAGUGCUGUGACUAUGUGGACGUAUGAGAGGGUGAUGGCGGUGUUGAAGGAACUGGAUUCCGAGUAG